AAGUUAUCACGACCUCUAGAAAGCUGAAUCCCUGACCGACCAGGAACUGUGAAGAGGAGAGUUAUGACGUCAUAUGGCCGGUAAAAGUGCGCUAGACUGGAAGAGGCAUGCCAAGAGGCCAACACGCGCCACAGCCGCCCGUUGAGAUGGAUCUCUGCCAGGAUAUCCCAUGUGAUCAGGGGAACAACGAUACCAUGAACGACCCCUAUACGCCGAGUUCCAGGUUUCUGGCCUGUUGUGUGACGGCCACGACAGAUCUUCUAGAAAAUCUCGACAUGGCCGUUGUAUUUACCCUUCUGAUCACACGUCCGUCCCUUCAUCUCAGCCCCGACGUCGCCUGAAAACCCCCCGAUGAUCUUCCCUCGUUCCUCCGCCCUGGCCGCGGGGCUGAUAGGGCUGACCCCACUCACAGCUGCUUUCGGGACUAUCAACGAACCGGUAAUCCUCGGCCAGCAUAAUGAACAUGAAAUGGUUACACGACUCGCCUUUCAGUGCCCAAGUGGCCAGAAAAGCGAUGGGGUGUGUUUUGAGCCCCGGUCGCUCGAUCAACUGGCAGGCUAUCAUCGAGAAGUGAUGGGUGUAGCCCUCCCCGGAGCAGGAUUCAAUGGCGCGGUCGGAGCCCCAGAUACCCUCGACCCGGUACCUGAAGGACCAGAAGCGCACUGCGACGAUGCCGAUUUUGUCGACGUUCCGGGAUACCCGCAGAGCCGGAAAGAGGCCAACAAGAAUCUCCAAAAAUGUGUCGACCACCUACGAGCACGCUUCCGACAGGCAUGGGUAUCAGCAGAGAUGCUUGUCGAUGAAAGGCGAAGGAUCCGGCCCGGGGAGGUCGAGCUGACGAAUGCUUUUGGUGGAGACUGCAAUUUUGCUUUCCCCUCCCUUCAGAUCAAUGUCUUUGCGCGAGCCAAGUGUAGCACUCUCGAAGGGUUUGGCCGCGCGUUACAUGGUGUUCAAGACUUUUACUCCCACAGCAACUGGGCUGAUGAAACCGACACAAGCAAACCCAUCAGCGAGACCAACCCACCAGGGCUUGCCUUGCAUGGCACCGCGAAGUUUUUGGACCUGAGGGCUUCUGGGCCGAUACCAGAAGAUCAGAUCCCUUACAACCUAACAACGGGUUGCUUCACGAUACCAGACGGGACUCCUGGAUCCGGAGACUGCGCUGGUCGGGUGACACAUCAUGCCCUAAACAAAGACCAUGGUGUCAUUCACCUAGAUGGAACUUUUGGUGAGGCGGGGCCCGGGUCUCCUCGGAGCGAGGCCAUAUCAAGGAACUUUGAGAACGCCGUACGUGUUGCGGUACAAAGUUCCAAGGAGACCUGGGCUGCGUUUCGCGAACACCUCAGGGAGCAGUACGGAACUGUGGCCGGCAAUCUUAUGAUCUGUGCUCUGGUGCGCGAUGAUCCAAUCAAGGAUUGUCGCAAACGGAUGGCUGUCAUUGCCCUGGAUGCCUCUAGCAGAAGCGGUGCUGUUGAGGCAUCUGGCUUGCAAGUUCAGAUUGCUCAAGAGUUCAAAUUGAAGCUAUCUUCACAUGGGCUGGACCGAAUUGAGGUCAUGGAGUUUGCCGAGGCCCCCAAGAUUGUUCAUCCUAUGGGCUUCCCAGAGUCGGUGACCUUUAGUGAGCUGGAUACUAAAGGAAGGACCAAUAUCGGCAACGCGCUUGACGUUGCCAUUGACGAUAUCAUGCAGUCACAGCCGGACACGUACACGGACAGAGGUGCCGUAGUGCUCCUGACGGCGGGCGCGGAACCCGAAAACACGAAAGAAAACCAGGAGCUGGCUGAAUAUGCCCUCGCCCAAGUUGAACGCGCUGCCAAAGAAGGUGUUCGCAUCCACUUCGGUUGCAUCAAUCCACCACGGCCAUUCAAUGAUAAUCCAGAUCGGUCUUGGCAUGAAUGUGCCCCCGGUCACUCGAUCAUCCCCGCUGUCCUCAAAACAGGCGGCACUUUUGCUUACAUCAAUCAUGUUGCGGGGAGACCAGAUCUCACACCGGCCCCGCACUUCAUUAGCACCAUCAUGUCUCGUGGCCUAACCUCCACUGAUGAGUAUGAGCCCGAACUGACCCGAAUCUACCCUGGAAUCACCAUUGCCGCCCUUCUCAGCGCCGAAGAUUACCCCUUCAAAUCCUUGUUCUACCCGGCCAGCCCGUCAGAAAGGAUCAACAUUACCAUUCGCGACCGGGCUCUAGACGGCCAAGGCGUAGCCAACGGUGGAGGUGGCUGCUUCUCCAUCACACUCCGCGACCGAAAGCUCGACGAUCUCAAGAUAGCAACCUACACCAGCUGUGGUACCGAGCCAUUGAUGCUGAACUAUGAGGCGCUACAGGACGUUGAUUUGUUGGUGGUGGCUGAGCUGGGUGAUCCGCAUCACCCGCAGCAAGAGGGAUCACCGAACCCACAGGGCGUUGUGUUCACAUUGGAGCUGAGCAGUAACAUGCCGGCAAAGAAUGAGACAUCUACCAUGACUAUGUCGAGCGUGGUGAGCUCCAAGGCAACGCUUAAAAUGACAGAGGAGGCUGGAAUCAAAACCGAGGAGUUCUUGACAAGUGAGACGGUUGAAGUGUUUGAGGAGGCGGCGACGGUGAACGGGACUGCGUCGACGACGUCGGAGGGGAGCCAUACGGUCAGUGGGGGUGAUGGGGUAACUGGGAGUGUAAUGCCAGCUCAAGAAGCGAUGGUGACUGGCAAGGAAAGUAUGGCUAGUAUGGAGGAUGUAUAUGUGAAGACGAUAGCUGGGAAUUUUAGCGGGGAGGAUGCGGAUGAUAUUGCGGACUUGAGGUAGAUAGUUGUGGAGUACGAAAGAUGUUGGAAAUGAUACCCUUGUUAUGUCUUUUGA